AGUCGAUGUACCUAUCAUAUGUGGCUGAUAAAUCAUUGACCAAUGUCCUUCCAAGGCUGGGUAUAAAUAAAUGCACACCAUCUUCUGAAUAACUGCAUUAAUCCCAAGACCUUAGAGUUACGACUAAAUCCGCUAACUUCGACACAAUAUGCGAGACGAAUCCAGUCCUUCCACAAAAGCUGAAGAAGGGGCCUAUUACGACCUUGGUUCGUAUCGUCGAUCAGUGACCACUUCGUCGGCGGAAGCUCAAUUGUGGUUCAGUCGCGGAUUAAUAUGGGCUCAUUCUUUCAACCAUGGCGAAGCGGUUCGGUGCUUUGAACGAGCUGCCAAAAGUGACGCCAAUUGCGCUAUGGCGCUAUGGGGAAUUGCGUAUGCGACUGGGCCCAACUACAACAAGGCGUGGAGAUAUUUUGACCCAGAAGAUCGUCAGGCUUCUAUCAAGAAGGUCAAUGAUAUCCUUGCCCGAGCGUCCAAGUUAGCGAGCCAGGUCACACCAGUCGAACAAGCGUUGAUCGGGGCAAUCGGCAGUCGUUUCCCACCAAUUGAUGACAUUCCCGAGGAUCUGGGCCCUUUCGACCACGCAUAUGCGGACGCGAUGCGCUCUGUGUAUCAUAAAUUCAGCGAUGAUGUGGACGUGGCUGCGCUAUUCGCGGAAGCACUGAUGUGUAUCACUCCGCGCGGGCUAUGGGACCUGAACACCGGUAAACCGACCGGGGAUCACACAGUCGAGGCUCGCGAAGUGAUUGAGCUGCAACUGAAGCAGGAUCCUGGUCGCAGUCAUCCGGCAAUCUGCCACUUGCACAUACACAUGAUGGAGAUGUCGCCAUUUCCAGAAUUGGCUCUACCGGCUGCGGAUCGACUACGUGGCAUGGUUCCGCACGCUUCACAUAUGUUACACAUGCCCACGCAUAUUGAUGCCGCCGUUGGCGACUAUCGUCGUGGUAUCGACUCCAAUCAUGAAGCGAUACUUGCCGACGACGUCUACUUUGCCCGAGAGACGGGUAUGACUAUGUACGCGGCUUACCGGGUGCAUUACGUUUGUGCAAAAUUGUAUUCCGCUAUGAUGUCCGGCCGAUUCACAGACGCGAUGUCCGCUGCAGAAAAGCUCGAGCAGAUCAUUGAUGCCAAUCUGCUAUCCGUCAAAAGCCCUCCAAUGGCAGACUUCGUCGAGAGCUUCCUAGGAAGUAAGGCGCACGUGCUAGUGCGCUUUGGUCGCUGGGAAGAGAUCCUUGAGCUCAAGCUUCCCACCGAUCAUGAUACAUACUGUGUAACUACAGCCACCGUCCAUUACACCCGCGGGCUUGCGUUCAGUGCACUUGGGAGGAUUGCAGAAGCCGAAGUCGCUCAAAAGGAGUUCGAAACAGCGCGCAAGGCCGUCCCUAGCUCGCGACUUAAUAGCAUUCCAUGCAAGGAGGAAGAUGUUCUCGCAGUUGGCUCUGCUAUGCUUGCCGGUGAACUAGAAUAUCGGAAGGGAAAUAUCGAGACGGCGUUCCAUUUCCUUCGGGAAGCCAUUGUGCGUGAGGAUGCCCUCGCAUAUACUGACCCACCGGCCUGGAUGCAACCAGUCCGCCAUGCGCUCGGUGGCCUGCUCCUUGAGCAGGGACUUGUUGAAGAAGCAGAAACGCUGUUCAAGCAGGACCUUGGUUUCUCUCUGGACUAUCCUCGGCGUAAGGCAAAGCUCAAUAAUGUUUGGGGGUUGCAUGGCUUAUUCGAAUGCUUCACUCGCCUUGGAAAGAGCCAAGAAGCUGCUUUCAUUCAACCUGCACUGGAUAUUGCUUUGGCAUGCGCUGACGUCCCAGUGAAGGUUUCAUGCUUCUGUCGAACUUCUGCGGUGAGAAAUGAUGGAUGUUGUUCAUGAUUAAUGUUGUUAGUUAGCUUCAGGGAUCAGGCAACCACGGUGGCAGCACCUAUUCUUUGUUAUCGUCAUUGAGAGCUCUAAGUAUGUUGGAUGCCUGAGGCCACCACGGGUGACAGGACCAUAUAUAUAGUUCUCUCCCUCUCUAUUUCUUUCUCUCUUCUUCUCUCCCUCAGUGAGGGCUUCGCUCGGAAUGCAUCACUAUAUUUCUCAACUCCUCCUUGCGUAGCCUUUCAUCAAAAUAUCUCUCUUGUCUCUACCUGUGUCUCUCUGUGUCUACAUUCUCCCUUGCAUUCAUCCGAUUUGAUAGGACAUUCAACAUCUGCGCACAGUUUCUCCUUGCGAAUUUCCUUGUACCAGGGUUCCUAUAAUGAUGCUAGGAGUUAGGCCAUCAUACAGCGCUUUGCUUAUAUAUGUCAGUGCCUUGAACUUUACCCGCGAGGCAUUAAUUCUUGUCUUAUUAUGUUAAAAAUGGAAACAGUCGACGGCUCGCCGUCCACACUCCAAUGGUAUGAGGAAAGCCGCUUAAAAUAUCA